GAAAGUUCGAAUCUUCGUGUAGCGUUCAAUGAAUUGCGCCAGUGACAAUAAAAAUCGUGAUAAAUAUCGAGUUCUUUUCGAAGUAUGCCGCGGAUGAUCUAAAGACUAGCAGUGAGUUGAGAUUAGGAUUUUGACCAUUUUAAUCCUUCCCGUGGAUUUUUGAAAUCCGAUGGAUGAUCUCCCCCAGAAUGCCACUCAACAAUGACAGCAUCAUUGCUGUUCCAGAGAAAAAUGCUUCCGCGGUAGGGAACAUGGGCAAAGAUCUUCACGAGAAGAAGCCAGCAGACUUCGAGACGGCCAUUGCAGCCGCCGGAAGCGGAAAGUUUCAGUUCCUUCUUCUUCUGGCGGUCAUUCCAGCGGCAUGGGCAGGUGGAAUGGACGCUACGUCCAUAUCGAUAAUUCUUCCGACCAUAGAGUGCGAUUUGAAGACCACACUGUUCCAAAAAGGAGUCCUGAAUGCCAUCACUUUCGUUGGGAUGGUUUCAAGCGGGUUUCUAUGGGGCUACGUAGCCGACGUUCGAGGCAGAAGGUCUGUCGUCAUCUAUGGCUCCAUGGCAGACGGAAUUUGCAAUAUUCUCACGGGUUUCUCGCAAAACUUUUGGACACUAGCGUCCUUUAAGUUUAUCAACGGUGUUAUACUAAGUGGCCCUCACGCAGCAAUAGUGACAUACUGUUCCGAGUUCUACGGAAUCAAAGGAAGAGGGCGAAUCCCCCUAUUCGUCGGAUUUUCUCUUAUAUUCGGGACCAUCGUGGCUGCAGCACUGGGAUGGUUGGUGGUCCCUCAACCGUGGUCCAUCGUCAUCUGGAACGGUGCUUUCGUUUUCAACUCCUGGAGAAUUUAUCUCUCUCUGUGCGGCGUCCCGACGCUGUUAGGCACCGUCUUUCUCUUCCUGUUUCCAGAGAGUCCGAAGUUCUUGAUGUCGCGCGGUCGUAACGAGGAAGCGAUGAAAGUCUUCAAAAUGAUUUACAAACUCAACACGGGAAGACCUGCCAACGAAUAUCCGAUAUUGGACUUGGCAGACGAAUCCUAUCACAAAGCGUCUAGCGACGCUAACCUGAAUCAGAAGUCUCAGAAGACAGCCAUUUUCUUUUAUCCGCACUUGCCUCGAAUCCUCUUGGUCACUCUUAUUCAAUUUGGAACGAUGUUGGCCACAAAUACUAUUCGCCUGUGGCAACCGGAGCUGUUCGUGAUAUUGGGCAAUUUUGUAUCGCAAACUAAUGCAACAACAGACCAGAAAACAACGUUUUGCGACAUCCUGGACUUCUCCACCAACGCAAAUGGCAAUUCCACGACAGACGGGACAAGUUGUGCCGUCAUAAACGAAUCGGUUUACAUGAGCACUGUUAUUAUGUAUACCUUUACGAUCAUUUGCAUCCUGGUGGCUACUCUCGUACUGAAGAUCAUUAAUCAGAAGAACUUGCUGUUCGUCUGUUACGGGGUGGCACUUUUCUGCAUAGUGUACUUGAAUUGGUCUUCUAACGCAAUGUCCACGUUGGUACUGAUGUGCACAUUCGUAGGACUGAUGACCACCAACCUUAACGUUGUCGUUAGCGCAGCUGUUAUCCUCUUCCCAACUUCGUUAAGGACCAUCGCAGUGAGCCUGGUGUGGACAGCUGGAAGACUAGGAUCUAUCGUCGGAAGUCUUCUUUUCCCAGUUCUGCUAGAGUAUGGCUGCCUGGCGCCACUGAUCGUCCUGGCAGGCUUCGUCAUACUUUCAAUCGUGUUAACCUGUUUCUUGGCCGCCGCUAAGAAGACCACGACCGGAGGAAGCUGCCUUCGCGCAAGCAUUCACGGAUUCGAUAUCGCUUCCAUCCGCCCAGAGUUCGCGCAGUAAUUCUUCGUUGAAAGCCAGUGAAGCGUUUCGCCGAGUUUUCGUUUGGUUUGCUAAGGGAAUAUCUCUGGUUGAAUUGGGCUAAACGAAGUGAAGAGCGCUCGAGGACGAGCAAAGGCCAAAGGAUCGCGAGGAUGCGAUAAAUUCAGAUGCAUUUGCGUCACGAUAUCCAAUUGCUUGCCAAGUUGUCGUCGAGGGAAGGAUACUUGGCGUAUCCUGUCUAAAAUAACCGAUAUUUCUAUGAAGUACAGAUGCGAUUUAAUACUCAAGCAUAAAGGACAGUAGACCUGACCUAAGACAUUCCAUUCAGAAUGAUAUCAAUUAAUCACACUUCAUUCCUGGUCACUUAUCUCACAAAGUAUAGAUUUAUCAUUCAUUGUAUACAGUUUUCUAUUGCCACAUUGUUUUGUACGCAUGCAGUAUUCAUCACUUUUCAUUCUACUUCUAUUAAAAGUAAUAAAAGUAAUACAAAUUCCAACCGCUUACGCUCCGAAAUCACACCAAAUCUGUUCAAAAUCCUCACGCUUCUUCUCACAGCUUUAUUAUUUUACA